AGUGGUUUUGAUUUCAACUCUCUUGAUAGUUGAUCUUUUCUUGGCCUUGCUUCCUUCCAUUCCCAUUCUGUGGCCAUGGCCUCCCCUCCUAUUCCCAAUUCUCUGUUCUUGCACAGAAGCUCCUACGUGCCUGCUCGCAUAUGGCGGGUCUAUGCAUCUCAAGCUCCCAACAACCGCCAAAGACCAUCACUACCGGGCGUCGACACAAGAAUUCAUUGGCAAAAUGAAGAAGAAGGUUGGAUUGGAGGCCCUAUGCCUUCCCAAUCCAAUCGAGACCAGAACAAGCAGGAGAGCUCGGGUCCAAAUUUGGCAGAGUUGCUGAAUAACUCAUCCGAUUCUCACUACCAGUUCUUAGGAGUAAACGCAGAGGCUGAGCUGGAAGAGAUAAAAAGCGCGUAUCGGAGAUUAUCAAAAGAAUACCAUCCCGACACCACCUCUCUCCCUCUAAAAGCUGCAUCCGACAAAUUCAUGAAAUUAAAACAAGUGUACGAGGUGCUGAGCAACGAAGAAAGCCGCAAAUUUUACGACUGGACGCUUGCCCAGGAAGAGGCGAGCCGCCAAGCUGAGAAAUUGAGGAUCAAGUUGGAAGAUCCUUACGAGCAAGAGUUGGAGAACUUCAAAUCCACUCCGGACAUGGUGGAUCGACUUGCAGGAAGGAACAUGGAGUUGAGUGAUCAGGCCACCACUGCUCUUACAUUGGAUAUCUUCAUCAUUCUCUUUGCUAUAUGUUGCAUUGUAUAUGUUCUAAUUUUUAAAGAGCCAUAUUAUUAGUAUACUGUAUAUCCAUACCCCAUACCAUACCAAGCUAAGUAAAGUACACACAUUCAAUCAUCUGAAUGGCGCAUUGUCCUCGGAACGGAUCCAUUGCUCACACUUCACAGUAAGACCGAUGACGAUUGAUUCUGGUAA